AUGGAAUACGGCUCCACCGAUCCACCAUGUGUCCACGUGACGUCCUCACUUUGUAGCCGUCUGAUCCAAAGACACAUCUGUAUGGCCCAUGAAAAACUGAUUUCGCUAGCGGAAAUCGGCGAUUUUUCAUCGGAAGAAGAGCUCGACCGGGCCUUGCGCCAAGACUCCGCAGAACUCGAAAACCGCCUUCGCCAAUUGAAACAAGACUCGUCGGCUCGUUUUCUUCGCAGAUGGGACGAAAUCAUCUCCAAAUAUUCCCAGAUCGACGACAACACACAGAGCGACGAAAUUGAUCUUCGUACGGGCGAGAUUGUGCGAGAUAAUGGCCACCUUCGAUCUUUGGCCACAGAUGGGUCGCUCCACGGCGUCUCGAUCCAGUCUAGUAUCUGGGCUGGCGACUAUGACUUUGAACGGGGUCUCAAGGCCGAGGAGAAGGAGCGAAGACACCAACAAAGGGCCAAGAGGCGGCUUAAGGAGAGACUCAAGACACAGCAGUUGUUUCGAACAGCUUCGGCGGGUCCGGUCUUGCUCUCGGAGCCUUUGCAAGAUAAUCUUCUGAUACUCAGCCCGUCGCCGACAAAAAAGCAGAGAACUGCAGCGUCAAGUCCGCUCAAGGAGCGACAGAGCCCAGAACCGUGGACUCAGUAUGAGAGAGAAGAGAAAAUGCGCAAAGAUUACAAAUCUGAACGCAAGAAUGCAAGUUUAAGGGAAAACAUCAAGUGGGACCAGAAAAAUCGCCCGGAUUUGAUCUACCGGCUGCUGUCGGAGCUGCUUGCGAGCGACAUGGACAGUCCGGUGAAACUGAGCUUGAAAUUUCUCGAACAGUUGGACUUACACAGUCCCCAAAAGCUCGAUCUACGGCAGUUUGAGCUUUCGAAGCGGGAUUCAUUUGACGAAAGACCGGGUUUGGAGUAUCCCCAUAGCUCAGAGCUUGAAAUAACAGAGACCCAUGGCAAUUCCUCCUCUCCAAAGUGCCGAAAUGGGGUUUCAGACGUACAAAGCCCGAAAAGGUCUACGACAGAGAAAUACGCAAUUGUGUGUGAAACUUCUCCUUUUUAUGACCAUUCAAGUGCUCCGCUGGAUUAUAAGUUAGAAGGCCCAAUGUAUUCCCAUGGAUCACCAAACGGCAGCCAUCUGUUCCUGAUACGGUCUGACCUCGUUGAAACGCCACAGAUUGCCCUUUAUCCUUGUGCUUUUGGGUGUUCUUACACGUCCGACUCUAAAACAGCAUACAGAGCCCAUUUGCUCUCGACACACGCUCACCUGCUUCUUCGAAUCGGAUACCCCGUCAAAAUCUCCGACUCAAACCACAUUUCACAUAAUGAACACAUUUCAGAACUCACCAUUCUUCGCUUGACGUUGCAUUUCCCACUUCGAAUCCAGAUGCCUUUGAAACCGUAUUCGUGUGGCCGGGAAUUCAAGUACGGGAAAUGCCAGCGCAUAUUUUUGGACGAAAAAAGUGCCCAGGCCCAUCAAGAAGCCUAUCCCCAUGAGUGUUCUGCUCGAAGACAGGUUCUUCUCUGCCCCAUUUUAGGAUGCGACUUUAUGACCGAUGAAGGUUAUAAAGAAUGGAAAGAUCACGUCCUGGGACACGAAAGAGAGCAAACCAAAAAGUUCAGCGUGGUUCCAAUUGAAGAUGCAGAAGUUUCCGAUAUAUUCAGCGAUUCUGUCUCAAGCCUAAGUUUUUCAGAAGAUGAGGAGCAAAAGGAAGGCGCAAAUCUGAAUGGCAUUCUGCAAGAAUCAAACCAUUCUGGAAUAGAGCAAAAUUCAAAUGGCGAAACGUCCCAACAUAGAUCCGUUUCCCAAAAGCCGAUACACGACAUUCUGAAAGACAACGAAUCGUACACUUUGUCCAAACUUGAUAAUCUCAUUACAUCACAUCAUAUCACAUCGUCUCCAGUUGAGGAGAAAAAAGCCCCUCCUCAAGCCUUCGACAUUUGCUCCAACGCCAGCGAAGACGAUUUCUCCGCAGUAGGCGGGACUAUAGAAUACGAUUCCAUCGACGAGUUUUUCCAGCUGGACUGA